CAACUUGUGAAAAAGGACGGAACAUUGGCCAACAAGAAAUUUGGAACGUGGAAUGGCCAUAUUCUAUGAAAACGACAAGGGCGUAGACCUCCUAUAACAACCUGCCCACCUGUUACUUCUCUUGUUCAACCUCGUUCCCAACCCAAAAUGCCAUCACCAACUUUACCACCCCAACGCACAACAAUACCACAACACCCCCUCCGCUUUCUCUUUCUCUCUACUAACUCCAACAAGCAAGCAACUGCACGUGCUUCUCACGUGCCAAUCGUUUCUCUCCCCCUUCAUCUCCUCUUCCUCAAACUCGUAAAAAAAAAAAAGCAACAUCAUCCUACAUGGCACCAACAUUAUUUUCCUUUAUCACUCUUUGUCCUGGGAGAAGAGAAAAACUCACAUUCGUAGUCCGUAGCAACCAAAUAAGAGCAACUAUGGCUUCUGACACUGUUCUUCCUUCCAUGCCUCUAACCGUUGUUGGAUACGUCACUAGUGCCACUCCAACUAAACACACUCACUCGCAGCAUCACCGCCGUGCCUUUCUCAUAACGGUAACGGUCAUCGCCAUUGCGGUUACCGUCUUCUUCGCUCUCUACUUCCUCCUCCGUGACCUCAGCCAUUACUUCCGCCGUCAAGCUCAUCCAAUUAGCGUACGCACAUCAUCUGCGGUCUUCCCCUCCGUCUCCAGAUUCGAGCAACGCGACCUUCUUCGUCUCCUUCCUCUCUGCUGCCACGCGUUCCAUGCCGAAUGCAUUGACGUCUGGCUCCGAACGAAUCUCACCUGUCCGCUCUGCCGAUCCGCAGUGUUUUUUUCGGAAUCCGACGUCGGGAAGAUUCUCCGGUCAUCGUCCUCCGCCGUCGGCGACAGCUUCCGCCUCGAGAUAGGUAGCAUCAGUCUCCGUGGAACCACGUCAUCCGCCGCCGAAGAAUCGCGCAUGAGGACAUAUUCGGUUGGCGAGUUCGAUUACCUCGUUGGCGAGGACGCUGAGAUUUCUUACAGUCAGGCUCGCCGGAGAACCGAUUCCGGCGAGAAAGAUGAUGCUGAGCCGGUGGAAUCAUCGGCGCCGAGCUUGGCCAGCGAGGUAGGCAGCAGAUGGAGCUGGAAGGAUUAUUAUGAUUUGGUUUCAGCUUCGUUAACGUCAACGGCGUCUUUUCGAAGCUCCGGAAGGUUCUUCACUGGGAGUAGCAGGCGAAACGACGUCGUUGCAAUUGGUGAUGAUGAAAGGGAAGCCAACCGUUUUAGGGAAGAAAUCAGCGAAGUCUUUCGAUGGCUUUCAAUGGCAUAAUAUGUAGAUAAUGGCAAUUAUCGGGGAUGAUUUUAGCGUUUCACAUUGAUCUUAGAAGGUAUUCAUCUUUUACUUUUUCCAGUCAUAUAGAGAUAUUCUUAGGAGUAGAAGAAAACAUUUUAGUUAAUCAUGGUUAAUGUCCAAAUUCGGUGAAAUUCCAAUACCUUUUAUUCUGUUUGUUAUUCCACUACUCAUGACUGUGGAAUGGACUCGUAUACUAUUGAUUACCACCCCCUUGUAAAAAAAUUUUCAA